AUGGCGUCUUCUUUAACUUCAUCCAUUCGGAAGAGCUUCACGUACGACGUGUUUUUAAGUUUCAGAGGUGAAGAUACUCGUAAAAAUUUCGUUGAUCACCUUUGUUCUGCUCUUGUACAGAAAAACAUUCACAUUUGCAAGGAUGACGAGAGAAUAGAGAGAGGGAAAAAAAUUGGUGAUGAGCUUAUUAAAUCCAUCGAAGACUCAAUGUUCCACAUCAUUAUCUUCUCAAAAAACUAUGCGUCUUCGUCUUGGUGCUUGGAUGAGCUUGUUAAGAUUAUGGAAUGCCAAAAGACAACUGAACAAAUUGCGUACCCGGUUUUUUAUGACGUGGAACCUUCUGAAAUCCGCAAACAAAGCGGCGUAGUUAGAAAAGCCUUUGCCAGAUACAAAAAUGAAGAACGUGCCACCAAAUGGAAAGAGGCUUUAAAAGAAGCAUCAGAAUUAGCUGGGUGGGAGUUAAAGAACAUUGCUAAUGGGCAUGAAGCUAAAUUAAUCCAAAACAUUGUCGAAUAUAUUUCGUUCAAGCUUUGUGUCAUUAGAUCAAGCGCGGCCAAUGAAGAGUUAACCGGUACAGAUCCGCAAGUAAAAGACGUGCCACUCUUGAAAACUGGUUAUGACAAUCUUGAAAUGAUAGGUAGCAAGUGGGUGGCAGCCGGUGGUCGGACGAAAACUUUGGGCAUGACUGUUAUUGAUCAUAUAUCCGUGCAGGUCGCUACUGAAGUUACAAAAGCUUCUUUGUAUGGUUUAAAGUCGUUUCAAAAAUUAGUCCUCUCGGAUGUAUCAAAGGAUCAAGGCAUCAUUGGCAAAAGUGUUUACAAUGGUAAAGGCAUGAUGAAAAAGAUUAUGAAUGGCCCAAAAGUGAUACGAAAAAAGGCAAACAAGAAGGAAAGAAAUUCGGAUAUUUGUGAAUCGAGCGAGUAA